UGCCCCUCACGCUGGCCCGGGGCGGGCUCAGGCUCCUCUGCCGGCUGCCGCGGUGGCCUGCCGAGCGCCACGCUUCCUGCGGACCAGAGGAUGUCCCGCAGCAUGGACCCUCGGAGAUCCCGGCAUCCGUCCGCGGGACCGACCCUCUGUCACCCGGGGCGGGGGACGGGGGGCAGCUCCACCUCGCUCUCUGAUGACGCCCCUCCGUUGCCCACACUCCCGCCGCCCGAGGUUCGGGCAGAAUUUCGAGCCACCCUGGGUGGGGUUGAGCUGCACCUGGGCAGAGGCUGCUUAGGAGGGCUCGGAAGCAUCCGCGCCUUUCGGACCCGGCUCACGUCGGAUCGCGACUCGGGUUGGUGGCUUCACAGAUAGCUACCCAAGAAAACACCAUGAAAGAUACUGACAUCAAGAGACUUCUGUAUACCAAUCUUUUGUGCGUAUUUUCAAUUUUCCUGAGCUUUUUUAUUCCAUCCUUUUUCCUGGAUAACUUCUCAAUACUGGAAACUCACUUGACUUGGUUGUGCACUUGCUCUGCUCUUGUGACUGGUGUCAAUCUCCUGUUAUAUUUAGUAGUGAAACCAAAUGUACCUUCUAGAAGAAGUUCAUUAUCACAUAAGGUGACCAGAGUUUUGAAAUGCUGCAUGUACUUUCUUAUGUCUUGUGUGUUCCUUCAUAUCAUUUUUGUUCUCUAUGGAGCACCACUAAUUGAGUUGGUGUUGGAAACAUUUUUAUUUGCAGUUAUUUUGUCUACUUUUACUACAGUACCUUGCUUAUGUUUGUUAGGACCAAACCUCAAAGCAUGGCUUAGAGUUUUCAGUAGAAACGGAGUUACAUCCAUUUGGGAGAAUAGUCUUCAGAUCACUACAAUUUCUAGCUUUAUAGGAGCAUGGCUUGGAGCAUUUCCUAUUCCACUGGAUUGGGAAAGACCAUGGCAGGUGUGGCCCAUCUCCUGUACACUUGGAGCGACCUUUGGCUACGUGGCUGGCCUCGUGAGCUCACCACUCUGGAUAUACUGGAAUAGAAAGCAACUUACAUACAAGAACAAUUAAGAGGAGAAAGGGGAGGAGAUAUUUCUUUGUGCAGAUUCCAUAAGGGCUGUGCAGAAAUGUGUCUGGUCAAAGCCAAGCAGUUCCAUUUACAGCACUGUUGUUUUUUCAAUGUCGUUUCAACAUGAUGUGAUUGUAGCUUUUUAACUAUGAAACCCCUGAGAGAUUGUACCUUCUAGUUGAAAUAAAGUAUUUAGAGUAGA